GCAGCCUCUGGGUCCUGUAGCUAAGGGGUGAGAAGCAUCCCUGAAAUUCCUGUUUCUGCCACCUUUUUUUGUCAUCAUGUCUUCGCUCUUGGAUAUGUCCGAGUUUGGGGAGGCCGCAGAUUAUUUACGGAAAAGUGAUGAGGAACUCAUGAAGCUACAUACCAUUCCAUUUGAUGGUAAGAAAAAGGCAUGGAUUCCAGAUGAAAAGGAAGCCUACAUUGAAAUCGAGAUAAAGGACUCCACUGAUGGCAAAGUCACAGUGGAAACGAAAGACAAAAGGACUCUAGUUGUAAAGGAAGAUGACAUUCAGCCGAUGAACCCUCCUAAAUUUGACAUGAUUGAAGACAUGGCAAUGUUAACUCACCUCAAUGAGGCCUCAGUCCUUUCCAAUAUGAGACGUCGUUAUGCCAACUGGAUGAUCUAUACCUACUCCGGGCUCUUCUGUGUCACUGUGAAUCCAUACAAAUGGCUUCCUGUCUACACAGCCACCGUUGUAGCUGCUUACAAAGGCAAGAGACGAACAGAGGCUCCGCCACAUAUCUACUCCAUCGCAGAUAAUGCCUACAAUGACAUGGUGCGAAAUCGUGAGAACCAAUCAAUGCUGAUCACCGGAGAAUCCGGUGCAGGCAAAACUGUUAACACGAAACGUGUAAUUCAGUACUUUGCUAUUGUGGCAGCCCUUGGGGAAGGGAUCGGGAAGAAGAGCCAAGCUCCUGCCACCAAAACCGGGGGCACCCUUGAAGACCAAAUCAUAGAAGCUAACCCAGCAAUGGAGUCAUUUGGCAACGCCAAGACCCUAAGAAAUGACAAUUCCUCCCGCUUUGGGAAGUUUAUUCGAAUCCAUUUUGGAACUACAGGGAAGCUGUCUUCUGCUGACAUUGAUAUAUAUCUCCUGGAAAAAUCAAGAGUGAUUUUUCAGCAGCCUGGGGAAAGAAGUUACCACAUAUAUUAUCAGAUUCUGUCUGGGAAGAAGCCAGAGCUUCAAGACAUGCUUCUGCUCUCCACCAACCCUUACGAUUACCACUUUUGCUCACAAGGAGUAACAACAGUGGACAACUUGGAUGACGGAGAAGAACUAAUGGCCACUGAUCACGCCAUGGAUAUUUUAGGCUUCAUUCAGGAAGAGAAGACAACCAGCUAUAAAAUAGUUGGUGCUGUCAUGCAUUUAGGGAACAUGAAGUUCAAGCAGAAGCAGAGGGAAGAGCAAGCAGAGGCCGACGGCACUGAAAGUGCUGACAAGGCUGCCUACCUUAUGGGAAUCAGUUCAGCUGAUUUCAUUAAAGGUUUGCUCCACCCCAGAGUGAAAAUUGGCAAUGAAUAUGUGACCAAAGGUCAGAAUGUGGAACAGGUGGUAUUCGCAGUUGGUGCCCUAGCAAAAGCCACCUAUGAUCGGAUGUUCAAGUGGCUAGUUAGUCGAAUUAACAGGACAUUGGACACCAAGUUAGCCAGACAGUUCUUCAUAGGAGUGCUGGACAUUGCAGGCUUUGAAAUAUUUGAGUAUAACAGUCUUGAGCAGCUCUGCAUCAACUUUACCAAUGAGAAACUGCAACAGUUUUUCAACCACCACAUGUUUGUCCUGGAGCAGGAAGAGUACAAAAAGGAAGGAAUCGAAUGGGUCUUCAUCGAUUUUGGACUUGACUUACAGGCUUGCAUUGAUCUUAUAGAAAAGCCUCUAGGUAUCCUUUCCAUCCUGGAAGAAGAAUGCAUGUUUCCCAAAGCAUCCGACAUGUCCUUCAAAGCAAAGCUUUAUGACAACCAUUUGGGAAAAUCUCCUAACUUCCAGAAACCAAAAGUAGAUAAGAAGCGCAGAUAUGAGCCUCAUUUCGAGCUUGUCCAUUAUGCUGGAGUGGUGCCCUACAACAUUAUGGGAUGGUUGGACAAAAACAAGGAUCCCUUGAACGAAACUGUAGUAGGUGUGUUUCAGAAGUCCUCCAACAAACUGCUGGCCGGCCUGUAUGAAAAGUAUGUCAGCGCCUCCUAUGCAGAUGAACAUCAAAAGCCAGGAGUGAAAGAAAAACGAAAGAAAGCAGCUUCAUUCCAGACAGUUUCCCAACUUCACAAGGAAAAUCUGAACAAACUGAUGACUAAUCUCCGGUCAACACAGCCUCACUUUGUCAGAUGCAUUAUUCCCAAUGAGACUAAAACUCCAGGUGCUAUGGAUCCAUUUAUGGUCCUUCAUCAACUGAGAUGCAACGGUGUCCUAGAAGGUAUUAGAAUUUGCCGUAAAGGAUAUCCGAACAGACUACUAUAUGCUGAAUUUAAGCAGAGGUAUCGGAUCCUCAAUCCUAAUGCUAUCCCAGAUGACAAAUUUGUUGACAGCAGAAAAGCCACUGAAAAACUACUGGGUUCUCUGGACAUUGAUCACACACAGUACAAGUUCGGGCACACUAAGGUCUUCUUCAAGGCGGGGUUGCUUGGCCAACUAGAAGAGAUGCGAGAUGAACGCUUAGCUAAGAUUAUUACCAUGCUGCAGGCCAGAAGCCGUGGUAGAAUCAUGAGGAUUGAGUACCACAAGAUCAUUGCAAGAAGGGAUGCAUUGCUGGUGAUCCAAUGGAACAUAAGAGCCUUCAAUGCCGUCAAAAACUGGUCGUGGAUGAAGCUCUUUUUUAAGAUUAAGCCUCUGCUGAAAUCAGCUCAAACAGAGAAAGAGAUGGCCAACAUGAAGGAAGAAUUUGUGAAGUUGAAGGAAGCUUUGGAAAAGUCUGAAGCCAAAAGGAAAGAGUUGGAAGAGAAACAGGUUACACUGAAUCAAGAGAAGAAUGACCUGGGCCUUCAGCUCCAAGCAGAGCAAGACAAUCUUGCAGAUGCAGAAGAACGCUGUGACCUCCUCAUCAAAACUAAGAUUCAGCUAGAGGCAAAAGUAAAAGAGUUUACUGAGCGACUGGAAGAUGAGGAGGAGAUGAAUUCUGAAAUGACUUCCAAGAAGAGGAAACUUGAAGACGAAUGUGCGGAACUCAAGAAGGACAUUGAUGACCUGGAAAUUACACUGGCCAAAGUAGAAAAAGAGAAACAUGCAACAGAAAACAAGGUCAAGAACCUUGUUGAGGAGAUGGCUGCUUUGGAUGAAAUUAUUGUUAAGCUUACCAAAGAGAAGAAGGCUCUUCAGGAAGCACAUCAGCAAGCCCUGGAUGACUUGCAGGGAGAAGAAGACAAAGUCAACACACUUACCAAGGCCAAAGCUAAGCUAGAGCAACAAGUGGAUGAUCUGGAAGGGUCUUUGGAACAAGAGAAAAAACUGCGAAUGGAUCUAGAGCGUGCAAAACGAAAACUGGAGGGAGAUCUGAAACUUACCCAGGAAUCUGUAAUGGAUCUAGAGAAUGACAAACAGCAGUUGGAAGAGAAACUGAAAAAGAAAGAUUUCGAGAUAAGUCAGCUAAACUCAAGAAUCGAGGAUGAGCAAAUGAUGUCCGCUCAGCUACAGAAGAAAAUCAAAGAACUUCAGGCACGUAUUGAAGAACUGGAAGAGGAGUUGGAAGCAGAGCGAGCUACCCGAGCAAAGGUGGAGAAACAACGCUCCGAAGUAGCCAAAGAGCUAGAGGAAUUAAGCGAGCGCCUGGAAGAAGCUGGUGGGGCCACAUCUGUUCAGAUUGAGAUGAACAAGAAGCGGGAAGCUGAAUUCUUGAAGUUACGCAGGGAUCUGGAAGAAGCCACACUUCACCAUGAAGCCACUGCUGCUGGUCUGAGGAAGAAGCAUGCGGACACUGUGGCUGAACUUGGGGAGCAGAUUGACAGCCUGCAGCGGGUUAAGCAGAAACUGGAGAAAGAGAAAAGUGAGAUGAAGAUGGAACUAGAUGAUUUGUCUUCAAACAUUGAACAACUCUUAAAAAAUAAGGGGAAUGCAGAGAAGUUGUGCCGGACGUAUGAGGACCAACUAAGUGAAUCAAAAUGCAAAGUGGAUGAAUUACAAAGACAAUUAGCUGACAUGUCCCUGCACAGAGCAAGACUACAGACAGAGAACGGAGAACUCUCUCGUCUUCUGGAGGAAAAGGAAUCUCUUGUCAACCAGCUGAGCAGGGGCAAGGCUUCCUUCACUCAGAGCAUCGAGGAGCUGAAAAGGCAAUUGGAAGAGGAGACAAAGUCUAAAAAUGCAUUAGCGCAUGCACUGCAAGCAUCUCGUCAUGACUGCGAUCUUAUGCGCGAACAAUAUGAAGAGGAACAGGAGGCCAAAGCAGAGUUGCAAAGGUCUCUAUCAAAGGCUAAUGCAGAGGUGGCUCAGUGGAGGAACAAAUAUGAAACUGAUGCCAUUCAGAGGACUGAAGAGCUGGAAGAUGCCAAGAAGAAGCUUGCGGCACGUCUUCAGGAUGCUGAGGAAGCAAUAGAAGCUGCAAACGCCAAGUGCUCUUCACUGGAAAAGACCAAGCAUCGUCUCCAGACUGAAAUUGAAGACUUGGUUAUUGACUUGGAGCGAGCAAACUCUGCUGCUGCAGCAUUAGACAAGAAGCAAAGAAACUUUGACAGGAUCCUGACAGAAUGGAAGCAGAAAUAUGAGGAGACCCAGGCUGAGCUGGAGGCAUCACAAAAGGAAUCCCGCAGCUUGAGCACUGAGCUCUUCAAGCUGAAGAACGCAUAUGAGGAGUCUUUAGACAAUCUAGAAACAAUGAAACGAGAGAACAAAAAUCUGCAAGAGGAGAUUGCUGAUCUGACCGAUCAAAUUAGUUCCAGCAGCAAAACAAUUCAUGAGCUUGAAAAGGUGAAGAAGACCCUAGAAAGUGAGAAGAGCGAUAUUCAAGCAGCCCUUGAAGAGGCGGAGGGCGCUUUGGAGCAUGAAGAGAGUAAGACUUUGCGCAUUCAACUUGAGUUGUCUCAGAUCAAAGCAGACGUGGACAGAAAACUGGCAGAAAAGGAUGAAGAAAUAGAAAAUCUCAGGCGUAAUCACCAGCGUGCUAUGGAAUCCAUGCAGGCAAGUCUGGAUGCAGAGGCUAAAGCCAGGAAUGAGGCCAUUCGACUGAAAAAGAAAAUGGAAGGGGAUCUGAAUGAAAUGGAAAUCCAACUCAAUCACGCCAAUCGUCAGGCUGCAGAGUCACAGAAGAUGGUCCGACACCUGCAAUCUCAGAUAAAGGAUCUGCAAAUUGAGCUGGAUGAUACCCUACGGCACAACGAUGACUUAAAGGAACAAGCUGCGGCCCUCGAGAGGCGUAAUAAUCUGCUGCUGGCUGAAGUAGAGGAACUGAGGGCGGCACUGGAGCAGGCUGAGAGAGGAAGGAAACUGGCAGAGCAAGAACUGCUGGAGGCUACGGAGAGGGUCAACCUUCUGCAUGCACAGAACACCGGCCUUAUUAAUCAGAAGAAGAAGUUGGAUGCAGAUAUCUCACAAUUGACCACUGAGGUAGAAGAAGCUGUCCAGGAAUGUCGGAACGCUGAGGAAAAAGCUAAGAAAGCCAUCACUGAUGCAGCAAUGAUGGCAGAGGAGCUGAAGAAAGAACAAGACACCAGCUCUCACCUCGAGAGGAUGAAGAAGAAUAUGGAGCAAACCAUAAAAGAUCUACAGAUGCGUCUAGAUGAAGCUGAACAAAUAGCUUUGAAAGGAGGGAAGAAACAGAUCCAAAAACUUGAAGCAAAGGUGAGAGAGUUGGAAGGAGAACUUGAGAUCGAGCAAAAGAAGAAUGCCGAAACUCAGAAAGGAAUAAGGAAAUAUGAGAGGAGGAUUAAGGAGCUCACCUACCAGACUGAAGAAGAUCGGAAAAACCUGGCCCGAAUGCAGGACCUGAUUGAUAAACUGCAGAUGAAAGUCAAGAGCUAUAAGCGCCAAUCUGAGGAGGCUGAGACGCAGGCCAACUCCAACCUACAGAAGUACAGGAAGGUCCAACAUGAACUGGAUGAUGCAGAGGAACGAGCAGAUGUAGCAGAGGCACAAGUUAACAAGCUGCGUUCCCGAACAAGAGAAGCGGCUUCUUCCAAGCAUGAAGAAUGAACAGACCAGAUACUACAAUGGCUUCCCGGACAGCUGCAACAGCUGUGCCUGAUCCUCCCCGUCUCUGAUCACAUCCCACCCCUAGUCAGCUAAUAAAAUCUACUGAGGCACAAA